CAAAAGUGCAAAACGGAUUUGUAUUAGACGAUUCAACUUUAAAAUUGAGUAAUUUCAUUUAAAACCAUGAGUAUUUUAUUAAAGAAUAUAAUUAUAUUACCCCAAAUGCAAUUGGUUAGUCGUGGGUUGAGUAGUACUCCUAUUUUGCUAUCUAAGCAUUGGAGAGAAGAACGAGGUUUAUCCAUUAAUAGGAAUGCGGAAGGAAUUCUAACGGAUGCUCCCGACUUCACUUAUCUUGAUGGAAGACCAACCCCACUAUUGAUAAAACAAAAGAAAAGAAUGUUGAGACAAAGAGAGUUUGCUUCCAAAAUUGUUGAAAUGUGUUCCGAACUUGAUUUUGCUAAAGAGAGAUACAACUAUAUAGAAGCAUCGAAGGAGCAAGAGAGACAGAAUGUCAUUGCAAACAGAUUGAAGACCAAAGGAAAUGCACUAAAGAAGAAGAAAUAGAUUUAAUUUAAUAUUUAUGUAUGUAGGAUAGUUGUAAAUAAAGUUAUUAGAUU